AUCUAUGCAACCAGGAAUACAGGGACAGGGACUUGCGUUUGACAUUUCUGUCACGUUUUCUAACCUCAAAAAAUUUAUUAUAUAAAUUUUUCAUAUUUUUGUCUAGUAAUAGAAGGUUUUUUUAGUUAAAAAAUGCAGGGAAUUAACAGAAUAUUCACCCGAACCAGUUUAAGACAGUGGAGGAGUCUUCAUAAAGGAGCUCUUAACUUCCAGUCAACUGAAACCGUAUCAGCACCCAUAGAGAACCUUACUAUACCUCCCCCCAGUGGUGUAGACACACCAGCUUCACCAAAAAUCGAAAAACUAGUCACCGAAAUAUCACAACUCAACCUAAUUGAAGUUUCCGAGCUCAGUACUUUACUCAAAAAAAGACUCAAUCUCCCCGACGCUCCUGCCUUUCCUGUAGGAGGUUUUAUAGCUGCCGGAGCUCCCAAAGAGGAAGAGGAGGAAGAAGCGCCACAGAAAGUCAAGACAGUUUUCACGGUGAAGCUUUUGAAGUUCGACGAAAAACAAAAAGUGGCUUUGAUCAAGGAAAUUAAGAAUUUGAUGGAAGGUAUGAAUUUAGUACAGGCCAAAAAGUUCGUAGAGAGUGCCCCCGCGAUAGUUAAAGAGGAAGUUCCAAAAGAAGAGGCGGACAAAUUGAAGGAAGCUAUAGAGAAAGUGGGAGGUACAGCAGAAAUAGUUUAAAUUAAUUUUGGAUGGUUUUUAAGUUAAGUAUCGUAGCUCUAAUUGUAUUUUUUAACGAAAUAAAUGUUUUAAAAUAAUCUA